CUGAUUCUUGUAAAACAAAGUUAGCUUUCUUGGAUGUGAUGAUCAUACUGAAAUUACUUAGAAUAAUAUUGCAUUCUUAGUAUUUAUGGUAUGUAGGGUAUUUGGGGUGAUAGUGUUUACAAUAUUUAUUGGUAACCUCAAUAUUUAUUUCCAGCCUCACCAGCUUUCUUGAGCACCCAGGGAAAAGCUUGCAGUGCUAUACCUGCUACCUCUCCCUCCCUCUCCAUUGGCUCCAAAGGGUCCAUGAACUCCAUGAGUCAGGACAGGAGCCACUGGCCAGAGAUGCUGACCCUCAGACUGGCUCUUUGUCCCCUCCUCUCCUCCAUCCUGAGAGCAAGAGAAAACAGAAGCAGAGUCUGGACUCCAACCCCAGAGGCUCCCUGAUAGACUUGUCCACCUCUCUGCCAUCUAUCACGGAGUGAAGCUGAGAGUCUGGGCGCCACAUGGAUGGCAAGAUGGAACCUUCUGCACUGGACAAGUCUUUGAGUCUGUGAGGAUGCCACAGCUUAGACACUGGCCACGCCCUCAUCCUGAAUCUCAGUUCCCUCGAAAACACCAAGCAUUUCCUGUGCUUUCGGUUAUUUCACAAGCUGCCACUUCCUCAUCCUCAGGUUCUAGGUCAGGGGGCUGCUUCUACUACCAAAAACCAGACAGCUGGCUUCAGUCUCUUCUGAUCAGCGCCAUGGACAAGACUCUUAGUGACCAUCUGCUGAACACCCUGGAGGAACUGGUGCCCUAUGACUUUGAGAAGUUCAAGUUCAAGCUGCAGAACACCAAUUUGGAGAAGGAGCACUCCCGGAUUCCCCGGGGCCAUCUUCAGAUGGCCAGGCCAGUGAAGCUGGCCAACCUAUUGAUUAUCCAUUACGGGGAGAAACAUGCUGUACAACUGACCCUGAAGGUCCUGCGUGCCAUCAACCAGCGCCUCCUGGCAGAAGAGCUGCACAAGGCCACUGGCCAGGAAUAUCCAGCACAAGACAGUGGCACCGACACAUCCACAGGGUCUUCUCCUGGAGAAAAUAAGCUCAAGAGCCAGAAGGAACCAGAUGGCCCAGAAGGUGAUGGGCAGCAGCAAAGUGGUGGGGGGGCAGCCAGCCUGCUGUCCAGCCAGCAUGAGGCAGGGAGGGGGCCUCAGAAGAAGUCUCAGAGCAAACGGAGGGAUCAGAAGGGUCCUGAGGUCCUGGACAUGCAGGGAAAACCUCUGGCCAGGAGCACAGGGCUGCCCUCCAAAAGAAGCCUGGCCCUUGCCCAGCUGCCAGGGGAAAAGGAGAUUAGGAAGAAUGCCCAGCUCCGCAGGAAUGCCAGCUCUGCAGGAAGACUCCAGGGCUUAUCCAGCGGGGCUCCAGGAAGGAAAGAAUCCAAGAAAUCUGAAGUAUAUUUACAUUCAGUGAAGCCGCGACCCAGAAGUUUUGAAUUUAUCAUUCCUUCAGAAGACAGAGAAUCCUCAAAUGCAGAAACUAUUCUGACUUCUCUUCAGAAAAUGAAAAAUGCAAAACCAGACUCAGCAGCCAGCCCCAGGGGAAGAGUCAUUCUGGAUGGAGAGGCUACUGUGGCUCUGGAGAUGGGCUCCACAAACCCAGAGCAUUCCAGGGUCCUAGAAGGGAAAACAGUCAUGAACACACUAUGCAAUGCAUUAUUGGCAGGAGAGGAGAAAUCCAUAUCACCUUGGGAGGAGCGUGGAGUUGGAGGUCCAACGACCCAUGAGACCCUGGAGAAGAUGAAAGGCCGUGUGUUCCAUGAGUCCUCAAAUCCAGAAGUACCUUCGUCUUCAGGUAAAAAGGGAUCCCUGGGAAGACCUGACAUCCUUAGGAAUGGUGGCCUUUGGAUUGACCACUCAGGAGAUUUUUCCAUUGCCAUGUCCCCAGGGAGGCCACAGGACAAGGCUGCAUUUCCCCUUUGCCACACACCAAAAGGAGAUCUGCUUGCUGGUACCUGUGUGCUGGAUUCCUGCAGCUGUCCAGUUGCUUCAGGGGAGCCUAAGACCCCUAGAAGUCACUUGCCUAGCUGCCAGCAGUGCCAGGCCCCACUCAACAAGAACAGCUCUGGAGGCCUGAGCCCUGAGCCUCUGCCACAGUGCCAGCGCCACAUGAAGCAGGUGCAGCUGCUCUUCUGUGAGGAUCACAGGGAGCCCAUCUGCCUCAUCUGCAGGCUGAGUCAGGAGCACCAAGGUCACCGGGUACGCCCCAUUGAGGAGGCUGCCUUGGAAUACAGGGAGAAAAUUCAGAAGCAGCUGGAGCAUCUGAAGGAGCUGAGGAAAUCUGGAGAGGAACAGAGAUCCCAGGGGGAUAAGAAGACAGAGAGCCUCCUGAAACAAACUGAAACCCAGAAGCAGAGGAUCCGGUGCCAAAUGAAGCAGCUGUGCCAGUUUCUGGAGUGGCAGGAGCAGCUAUUUGUGACCUGGACGGAGGAACUGGGCCAGACCAUUGGCCAGGUCAGAGAGACCUUUGGCACUCGGGUAUCCCAGCACAUCUCCCGCCUUGAUGAGCUGAUUGGGGAGUUGGAAGCCAAGCAAAGCCAGUCAGAAUGGGAGAUCAUGCAAGACAUCGGAGUCACCUUGCACAGGGCCAAGAUGAUGACUAUCCCUGAGCCAUGGGCUGCUCCUCCAGAAGUGAAAGAAAAGAUACAACUGCUCUAUCAGAAAGCAGAGUUUAUGGAGAGGAACACACGGUACUUCUCAGAAACACUGCGAUCAGAAAUGGAAAUGUUCAAUGUUACAGAACUGAUGGCUGCUCAGGCACAUGCUGCUAGUGUAAUCCUGGAUCCAGCAACUGCCCACCCCAACCUUGUCUUCUCUGAUGACAUGAAAAGUGUGAGACUUGGUAACAAAGAUGAGCGACAAUCUGACAGCCCAGAAAGAUUCGAUAACUGCAUCACCCUGGGUUCUCCCAGUUUCUUCUCUGGCUGCCAUUACUGGGAGGUGGAGGUUGGAGAUAAGACAGCAUGGAUCCUGGGAGUGUGCGAGGCAUCCGUGUGCAGGAAGGGAAGCAUGACUCUGUCACCAGAGAAUGGCUACUGGGUAGUGAUGAUGAAGCAAAAUGAGUACCUGGCCUCUACCUGUCCUCCAACCCGUCUGCAACUAAGAAAGCCCCCCAGGCGUGUGGGCAUCUUCCUGGACUGGAAGAAGGGAGAUAUUUCUUUUUAUAAUGUAACAGCUAGAUCGCACAUCUACAUAUUUACUGGCUUCUCUUCCUCUGGACCCCUUCAACCUAUCUUCUGCCCUGGGAAACAUGAUGGAGGGAAGAACAUGGGUCCUCUGACUAUCUGCCCAGUGAGUGGCUAGGGGCCCCACUGA